AUUCCUCCCUCUAUAAAUCUCAUGUUGGAUGUUCUGUAAUGAAUCAAAUCACUGAGUUAUCUUCAACUACCACUUUUCUUUCGAAUUAGGAAGGGAACAACAUGGAAAUUCAAAUUAUUUCUAAGGAAAUCAUCAAGCCCUCUGCUCCAACACCUCACCACCUAAAAACCUAUAAGCUCUCAGCUGUCGACCAGCUUGCUGCUUUUGCAGCGGAUAUCCCUAUCAUUCUUUUUUAUUCCCCAACAGAUGAAAUUUCCAGCAAAACCUCUGAUUAUCUAAAGAAAUCCUUCGCUAAAACGCUAACACUCUUCUACCCUUUUGCUGGACGAAUAAAAGAUGCUUCAUCCAUUGAUUGCAAUGAUGAUGGAGCCAGUUAUAUUGAAGCCCAUGUAGCAGGCAACAUGUCCAUGAUACUUCAACAGCCAGACAUGGAUCAAUUGGAACAGCUACAGUCAUGCAAGCCUGACGAAAACGUUGAUGAGCCCAGCGGCAAGGGAAUGCUAGCAGCCCAAGUGAAUUAUUUUGAUUGUGGUGGGAUGGCAAUCAGUGUUCGCAUUCGCCAUCGAAUAGGUGAUGCAUCCUCAGUGGCAAGUUUUGUUAAAUGCUGGAGUGCAAUUUGUUGUGGUAUUUAUGAUAAUAGUGCAGGAACGGUUGUUGAUUGCUCCUCACUCUUCCCUCCGCAAGAUUUGUCAGGCAUCUCAUUCUUAUACAAUCCUAUACCUCGUAGUUCAUUCAAUAUAUCUACGAAAAGAUUCGUGUUUGAGGGUCCUAAGCUAGCUGCGCUAAGAGGAAAGUUGUGCAACGGGCCAUAUUUGAAUCGUCCAACCCGGUUCGAGGCUGUAUCUGCCCUUAUUUGGGGUGUUGUUGGAGAAGAUAGUGAGUCUAAAAAGGUAAAUAAACCCGCAACAAUUGCCGUGGAUUUGCGGAAAAGAAUGGAUCCACCCCUACCACAACAUUGUAUUGGAAAUAUAGUCCAUUUGGCUGUGGCAAAUUGGGAAAAUAAAGUGGUGGACUAUAAUGGUUUAGCUGGAAAAAUUCAUGAGUCAAUAAGCAUGAUAAACAGUGACUAUGUGAGGCAGGUUUACGCAGACGGCACCUUCUUCAGUUUAAUGAGACAAAGAAUGGCGGAGAAGGCACAAGAUCCUGAUAACUUUAGGGGUGUAAUUGGUUUCAGUAGUUGGUGUAAAUUUCGAUUUUACGAGGUUGAUUUUGGAUGGGGAAAGCCCAUUUGGGUAGGCACUUCUUUGAGGCUUUCACCCAACUGGGUCAUGCUAUUGGAUACAAGGGAUGGUGAGGGAAUGGAAGUAAGGAUUGCAUUACCCAACGAAGAAAUGGUCAAGUUUGAACAAAAUCCAGACAUCUUAGCCUAUGCUUCUUUCAUUCCAGCCAUAUGAGCUUUUAUGUCGGAUGCCCUUUUUUUCACCCUUUUUUUAAUGAAAAAUUUGGAUGUUUCAUGUGUAUAAUAAAGGAACCUUAAGAAUUAAUAACAAGGACAUACUCUUGCUUAUUAAGCCUAGUGGUUUGUUCUCGGUCCUCUCCUAUUUAAGGGAUUGAUUGUCAAGGUUUGAGCGUGUACUAGUAGGCACAUGGGGGCCUUUGUUUAAUUAAAUUUCACUGCAAAGGAAAUAAUUCUUUGGUGUUUACAA